GGCGGUCUCUUUCGACUCCAGGGACACAGGAAGCAGCGCCGGGACCCUAUUUUACAUGGACUUCCGGUUUCGCUCACAGUAGGGAGGAGGGAUGACGCGUCCUGGCAUAACUUUCCCUCCCCGAGCUUCGCUUCCGCAAUUAUAAACUGGGGAUAAUAAUAGCAGCUACCUGCUACUGGUGAGGAUUAAACGAGAUCGAGCUGGCUACAGAUUUAGCAAAAGGGCUGGAGGAUAAUGAGGCUAUUAAGUAUUAGCCAAUUACUUCUAGGUUUUCAGUAAUUGCUCAUUGAAUAGAAUCAGGAAUGCAUAAGGUGUGAUCUUUAAGUGAAAUCUCUAGGAGCCUACAACUCCCAAGCACCCCUUAGCCGCUGUCGUCUCCCGGAAAAGCGCACGUGCGGACAGCCGGCAUACGCCAUGGCGGCCAGAUGCCUCUACGGGGCUACGCGGACCUGGGCCAGCUGGUCGGCCCGGGAGCUCCCGGUCCCUGUCGAGCCUGGAAGACUCCUUGUACGGGGUUACGCCAAGAGACCGGUCAUGAAGGGGGGCAAAGGCGGCAAAGGUGGUGUGGUCAGCGAGGCCCUGAAGGACCCAGAUGUAUGCACGGACCCUGUCCGACUCACCACUCAUGCCAUGGGCGUCAACAUCUACAAGGAGGGCCAGGACGUGGUCCUGAAGCCAGACGAGGAGUACCCUGAGUGGCUGUUCCAGAUGAACGUGGGCCCCCCCAAGAAGCUGGAGGAGCUGGACCCCGAGACCCGGGAGUACUGGCGGCUGCUGCGGAAACACAACAUCUGGCGUCACAACCGAUUGAGCAAGAACCGGAAGUUCUAGCAGGGGAAGGCCCCGGGGCCGCCCUGACCCGUCAGGGACCUCACCAGGCCCGGCAGGAGGACCCCGGAGGCACACAGCGUCUUCCCCAUCCUGCCCCCACAGAAGACUCUAUCUGCCUGGAGAAAAGAGUUUUCUGAGAGCAGAGGAGGCCCCUCACCUGGUGCCUGGUUGGUCCCCAGAGUGAGGCUCGACCAGGGCCCUGGGGGUCCUUGCGGGCCCUGGGUGCUGCUGGGUGCCAUCUGCUGCCAGAGCCGGGAGGGAGACUGGGGCAGGUGGGGGGGGGGGGGCGACUCAGGCCCCGUGGUUCCGUGGCUGCAGCCUCCCCCUGGGCAGUUGCUGUCCAUCUUUGGGAUUUCUCAUGCUGCCCAAGAGGCCCCAGCUUGUCUUCCAGGAGGAGGUGUUUUUAGACCCAACUCUCUUGGUUGCAAGGGACUCAACCCUUUUCCAUGCCACCCAGACCGUAAGGGUCUUUGUGGCCUUCGGAAGCCGAAGUGUCUGGGGCGGGCUCUGCCCUGAGGCAUGCUGGCCUCGGGGACUUCCGUGUCCAGGUGUGUGGCUCUGUCUCUGGGUCCUUGUAGCCCCAGGGACUAGUUCUCUUGGACAAGUGUGGCUCCAGGACUCCUGGCUGAAGCCCCCUACCUAGUUUAGCAAGCCCAGCCAGAGAGAAGGGACUUCGUUUUCCUUCUUUGGCCAGAGUCAUGUGUCGUCUGCAUGGGCCGGUCAUUUGAAACAGCCCGGGGACCUGGGCCUCACCACCAUCCUCCUGUCCACCCGUCUGGUCCCCGGGUCUCCGUCUCCCCCGCCCCCUCCCUCACCUUCCCCCCAGCAGGAGAUGCAUCCCGGAAUCCUGCAUUAAGACCCUGCGAACCUGA